ACAGAGUAAAUAACUAGCAAUCUGAUGAGACCGAAGAAGUUCAUAUUGCCAUGCAGCUCCGAAAAUUUCACAAGUACAGACGAAAAAGUGGUGAUAGUAUCGAUAAUAGGAAAAUCCCAAUAUCGUGCAAAAUGCAGUAAAACAGAGAUGAUUGGGACAAACCUGUUGAUUGAUUUACUGGAUCAUCCCUCAGUGAAUGCUGAUUCAUUCAGUGAAAUCGAGGGAUAUUACGAUCAUCAGGAGAGAAUAAUUUACCUGCACCUGCGAGGACUCUUCGACGGAGAUACUCUGGUCAACGAAUACGACAAUUUCAUGAAGAAACUGGAUUGCAAGGACUUCCUCAGUGCCUGGGCCUACAUGCGUGAAACAUAUGCCAAAUCUCUACUAGUUUUAUUCCACAUUUCUCACAUUAUAGUUCUCCAUCAUCCAACGCACACAUUCGAUUACAGUUACGUUCACUUAUUCCGAGCCCUGGACGUGAUAAGACAAAAAACAAUAGGUCAAAUAUCAACAUUAUUGACGUCGAUCGCAGGAAUUCCAAAAAUUUGGUGCACCAAUGGUCGUCCCUGCUCCCCGAGAGUUCUGUUUUAUUUCGAGACGUGUCCAGAGGCAAUCGAGAACAUAAAAAAGCUGGAGCACUCUUUGGAGGAUCAAAUCUACCACGUCCUCAGAAAGCACAGAAUUGUCACCAACAUCAGUGCCAAUUCCUUGUUCGCCAUUCCAGCGAACCAGGAAUUUGUCUACGUGAAUAAAGGGCGCUCGGAGUCGAGUGAUAUGAUUGGUUAUAUGAUUACAAAAUUGAUGGAAAGCUGCAAAGUUGGCCCUGGAAAUACUAACAAAUCUCUUCUGAAUAACAAUAAUUUGGAGUGCAUGACACUGGAUUCAUCAAGCAGUGAAACUAGACCUAGAUCUUUUUCAUUUUUUCUUCAGCAACACAUCAAACUAGCAUUUUCCAAAGGCUUUGAUGAUAACGUCGGUCGACAUUCAACACCAGCGCACUUUGAAAUCCCCUCGGUAUCCGGAUUUUUUCACGUGGCCAAUGGUAUUUACGAUUUUUUCGUUAAAUCCAAUGAUAAGGAAGUGGAUGGAAAUCUUCAUGGAUUGUUGGACACGGAUGUUAAAUUCAGUAAAAGCAGAUGUAACAAGGUUUUGCCUAGGGCUCUGCAAACUUAUCAGGAUAAUUCACCCCAGCAUUAUGGAAGGGCUUAUCACGAGAAUAAACUAACGCAUGCAAUGGCUGUUUUUGAAAUGCACGCACGUGGUCCCUUGUUCGACGAAUUCGCUGAGAAACUCCACAGCGAAUGUGAUAAGCACUGGAAAACUGGAAGGCAAAUGUGUGAGGUCCUGUCGUUGACUGGAAAUCCUUGUACUAAUCCCCUGCACUCUGGGGGGAGUGAAGGCGCUGGUGGUGGUGAACACUCUGAUGAAAGAGUCAAAGAAGACAACGAAUUACCACUCAUGGAACAUUGCAGUGGUGUCAGAUACAUUUGUGCCUGUAAUUGUGGACGAUCACAAGGACCGAGGGAUGAUCCCUUCAAUGUUAGGCAUGCAAAUCACGAUUGGUUUCAAAUAAUGGCCAAACAAUGUGGCUGUGCUCAGCUAGAAACCGUGCAAUUUCCUGUUUUCCAACCCAGUACACAUAAUUACAGAGCCGCCCAACUUUUCCCCGGCACAAGAAGAAAAGAUUCAUUCGGUCGUGUUGAUUUAUCAACUCCACAAGGACAAACACAGGCAUGCAGUUUAGCUGAUGGCACUCUUCAUGGAUAUGGCAGUGCCGGACAGUCACAAUUGACCAAUGAUCCCAAUGGAGAUGAACAUCAGAGAAUGAAUAAGACGAGUUUAACACCAAGUGAUGGAGAUAAAGUUGUCAUUCAGGUUUCUGAUGACAAUGCGGAUAAUCUAAAGGAAAAAUCGUUAGUACGGCAGCCGUCAACAACGGAAUAUUUGCCAGGCAUGUUGCACACAGAGUCUCCAACUGGACUUUUGCCCCAAUUCUCCAGUUGGUCCCUAGUUUGUCUUGGGCCCAGCAGUCUCUACUCCCACAACCUGGGACUCCAACAUCAAACAGGUGUUUUGCAAAAUUCCGCCUUUCUCUUACCCUGGGAUGUGACAGUUCGACUUGAGCAUCAAAAAGAUCGAGGGGCAUUUUGGCCAAUAGUUGGAGAUCACUCAGCCCACGGAUUCAGCUCUCGUGGUAAGAGUUUUCAAAAUUCAAACGCCUUGAAGUGCAGAAAAUCCAAAGGUGGAAAGGAGUUUGUUGUCAAGAUAUUCGUUGGGGUUGAGUACGAGUGCCCAAGGGGGCAUCGAUUUAUGGCAGCAGCGCCAGAUAAAGUCUUGAAAGCAACUGGCAAUGGAAUCGUCAAAGAUAGUGGAAAUAAAGUCACUUCCAGCACUGCUGAUAUGCCUCUUUAUUUCCCAUGUCCUUGCAGGCAAACAAAACCUCUGAUUGCUCAAUUAAUGCGAAUCCACGUUGUCACACCAAAGGCACCUGUUCAUGUGACAUUAAAUCCAAGAGUUCAACCGGGCCCACCACCAGCUCCUAUUUUUAUAACUGGCUGUGAAGAAGAACCCAUCAGACUGUCCCAGAGUGCUUACUGGGUCUUGAGACUACCUUACGUUUACAUGGGAGAAAAAGGCCCAUAUUUACCUCCAAAAGAACCUGUACCUAUUUCACAUGGUCGAUUACUUGCUGGCAUGUAUGGUAUCAGUGAAGUUGUGCCUGAAAAAAAAUGAAUCUACAUUUAUUUAUCUGAGUCAGCAUUUUUUUUCAUUUUUGUAUUCCACACCAACUUCUCAAGUAUUUGUUCAUUAAUUAUCAGAAAAAAAUUUCACACUAUUCUCCCCUAUUUAUACGCGCACUGUAACGAUGGAUUACUGUAUAUAAUAUAUUAAGA